AUGCGCAGAAACGAUACAGAGAAGACCAAAUGCCAGCGGUUGCGGCGAAAGAUAGAGCAAUCAUGGUAUCUGGAAAAAUACCAUUACACUCUGGGCCCUUAUAAGUUUGGACUGCCUCCUCCUGCACUUGUUGAUGGUCUUGUUUCUUAA